AUGGCGACGUCGGCCGACCCCUUUGCGGACCGCAAUGCGCUGGACGCAAAUCCGUUCGCGGACCCUACGGUGCAAGGCGCGCUGAAUGACUCAUCCCGCAUGUAUGCCGGUGCGGACGACGACGUCGGAUCCACAUACAAGGGCAGCACCACGGACGAGAUGCCAUCAUCGCGCGCCGAGGCCAACCGGAUUGAGGAACUACGCCGCAGAGAAGAGGAGCUGGCUCGCAGAGAGCGCGACCUCGAGAACCGUGCCGCACAUAUCCAGAAGCACGGACGCAACAACUGGCCGUUCUUCUACCCGCUCAUCUACCACGACAUUGAGGCCGAGAUUCCACCGGACAGCCAGCUGAUCAUGCAGAACCUGUACAAGCUCUGGCUGCUGCUCGUAGCCACGCUGAUCAUCAAUAUGGUCGCAUGCAUCUUCCUGCUCAUCCAAGGUGCAUCGGAUGGUGGAAAGGAUAUGAUCUCUGGUAUCGUCUACUUGCCCGUCAUCACCGUGGCCAGCUUCCUGCUGUGGUACAGGCCCAUCUACAACGGGUUGAUGAAAGAGCACUCGCUGUUCUUUUACGUCUACUUUAUCUUUGCUGGCUUCCACCUGGCAUUUUCGGUGUACGUGUUCCUGGGCAUCCCGUCCACCGGUUCGGCGGGGCUGAUCAACACGAUCCAGGCGUUUGCAGGCCACAGGAUCGUAGCGGGCAUCUUGGGAGCUGUAGCUACAGCAGGGUUCGCAGUGCAGGGGCUGGGCAACUUGUGGUACUACAGGCUCAUCUGGAAGCACAACAACGAAAAGGGCCACACGUUUGCGCAGGCCAAGAACGAGCUGGCUACGCACGGCAUGAAGGCAUACUUUACGCGUGGGUCACAGGUGUGA